CCGCAAACGCAUUCGACCAAAGCCCGUUUCGCACUCGACGUGCACCCAUCGACCCGAUCGAUUUACCCUGCUCGCUGUUUCGCAUAGCACAACCGCCGCCAUGGAUCAGCAGCAGCAACACCAACAGCAGCCUCAGCCUGGAGGCGUCCCCGGUCCCACUGGCCGCCGGCUGCACAUUGCCCAUCGCAGGAACCCGUCAGACCUGACUCCGCUGAUGAGCAUGUAUUCCAACCCUGGCAUGGAGCAGCUGGCCAUCCAGCAGCAGAUCGAGCUGUUGCAGCAACAGCAACAGCAGCUCCAAGCUACCUACCAGCAGAUGAGCAUGCUACCCGGACAAGGCCUUGGAGCCGGCGGCUAUAAUCCGCUCCAGGGUGGCAUGCCCAAUAUGUCGCCGCAACCCGGCUACCAAUUCCCGACUCAGCUUCCGCAGCAGAACGUGCCUUUGGCUCCGCCAACACAACCCCUGUCACAUCGCCGUAAUCAGUCGGCUCUCCCCAACAUGGGCAUGGGCCCGCCUCCGGCGCCCUCGUCUGGGGCGUCCGGAUCUGCCUUUGGCAGCUUUGAGAACCCCCAGGGACAGGGCAGGGAGAACGCCGGCGGUCGGGGCGGCCGGGGCGGCGGCGGUGGUGCCGGAGGUGGCCACCAGAGACGUCACUCCUUGGCCCUCGCCGAUGCGAAGAAGGCUGCCGAGAUCGCCCAGCAGAAGCGUACCACGUCUGGCUUCCAGUUCCCUGCCCCCGGCGCCUCGAGUCCGGCCGAAAGGCCGGAGGACGAGGCCAAGGGCCCAAGCGCAAGCGCAAGCCCUGCCCUCCCCGCAGCCGAGAACUUGGCCGUGCCGCCUUCGUCUUUCCGUGGUGGUCGCGGCGCCCACAGCCGGAGCCAGAGCAUGGCUGCUGGUACUAACGGUCGUGGUGGUCUCGGUGGCGAUUUCCCUCGUCGUGGUGGUGGUGGCGGCCACACCCGCACCUCCUCUCGGAACUUCGACGGUAACUGGCGCAACCAAGGCCAGAACCAAGGCCAGAACCAAGGUCAGGAUCAAACCGGUGGUACUGGCCAGAACCAGGGAUUCCAGCCGGGCCACCGGAGCCGUAGCUCCAUCAGCCACCAGUCCAUCUCAAACAUCGGAGCUUUCCAGUAUCCUGGUCAGCCCCAGCUGAUGCAGCUCCCUGGACAGAUGAUGAUCCCAGGCAUGUACGCCGGGCAGCAGCUAAACCCCAUGCAACUCAACCAGCUGCAGGCCCUUCAGGUCGCCUCCAUGAAUGGUCAGCACAUGGGCGGACUCCAGGCGAGCCAGCAUGCGCCUCAGAUGGGUGGUCAACAACAGCAGCAACAGCAACAGCAACAGCAGCGCAAGACGCUGUUCACCCCCUAUCUGCCGCAGGCCACGCUUCCUGCCCUCCUAGGUGAUGGACAGCUCGUUUCCGGCGUCCUCCGCGUGAACAAGAAGAACAGAAGCGAUGCGUAUGUCUCGACCCAGGAUGGCCUUCUGGACGCCGACAUCUUCAUCUGCGGCAGCAAGGACCGCAACCGUGCUCUCGAGGGAGAUCUCGUCGCCGUCGAGCUUCUCGACGUUGAUGAGGUUUGGUCUCAGAAGCGCGAGAAGGAAGAGAAAAAGAAACGCAAGGAUAUCACCGACACCCGUUCCGGAUCCACCGCCGGGACUAGCCAGGGUGGCGGCAAUGGUGAUGAUAACGGCACUGGCGAAGGCGGAAUUCGCCGUCGUGGCAGUCUCAGGCAGCGACCCACUCAAAAGAAGAACGACGACGUUGAGGUCGAGGGCCAGAGUCUGCUACUUGUCGAGGAGGAAGAGAUCAACGACGAGGCGAAGCCUCUUUACGCCGGCCACAUUGUCGCCGUCAUUGAGCGCGUGCCGGGUCAGAUGUUUUCCGGCACUCUGGGUCUGCUCCGACCCAGCAGCCAGGCGACCAAAGAGAAACAAGAGGCCGAGCGGGCCGCGCGCGACGGCAGCAUGUCGCGGCACCACGACUCCCGGGCCCAGGAGAAGCCCAAGAUCGUGUGGUUCAAGCCGACUGACAAGCGUGUCCCGCUGAUUGCUAUCCCCACGGAGCAGGCUCCUCGCGACUUCGUCGAGAAGCACCAGGACUAUGCGGACCAGAUCUUUGUGGCUUGCAUCAAGCGCUGGCCUAUUACUUCGCUGCAUCCGUUCGGUACCCUGGUUGAGAAGCUCGGGAAGAUGGGUGACCUCAAGGUUGAGACGGAUGCCCUGCUUAGAGACAACAACUUUGCAUCCGACGAGUUUGCCGAUGCCGUGUUGCGCAGCGUCGGUCUCCAGGACUGGACCAUCGCCAAGGAAGACGAAGCUGCCAUCGCCGCUCGCCGGGAUUUCCGCAACGAGAAGGUCUUCACUCUCGACUUGAACGGCUCGGACGAGCUCGGAAACGGUGUCCAUGUCAAGUCGUUGCCCGACGGCAAGAUCGAAAUCGGCAUCCACGUGCCCGAUGUCACCCAUUUUGUCAAGCCAAACUCGCUUCUUGACCGCGAAGCAAAGAAGCGUGGCACCGCCGUUCAGCUCGCCAACCGAUUCUGCGCCCUACUCCCGCAAAAGCUCUCGGGCGAGGUCUGCUCGCUCACUCCGGACCAGGAUCGCCUGACCGUCAGCGUUGUUUUCUCGGCCAACCCGCUCACCGGCGCUGUCGCCGAAGGGGACGUCUGGAUCGGGAAGGGUAUCGCCAAGAGCGGCGGCAGGCUCUCGCUCUCGCAGAUGGAUGAGGCCAUCUCUGGCGCUGCUGAAUUUACCCAUGUCGCCGCAGAGGCGAAAGAUAUUCAGCUUCUGAAUGUCCUAACGGAGAAGUUCCGUGAGGCACGCCUGGGUGCUGGCGGCGAGCCCAUCGCCCCGCUGCGACUCCUCCAGCAGCUAGACGACGAGAACAUUCCCGUCAAGCACAACGUGUUCGACACCACCUCGGCGACCGAACUUGUCGAGGAGCUCAUGCACAAGGCCAAUGCGUAUGUCGCUCAGCGCUUGGCGAGCGCCCUCCCCGAUAAGGCGCUUCUCCGUAGGCACGGGGCGCCCAACUCGCGCCGUCUACAGACGUUUGUGGAACGCAUGACGGCGCUCGGCUACGAAUUCGACCCCUCGAGCAGCGGAACGCUCCAGAACAGCCUCUUCAGGGUCGACGAUGAUGAGAUCAGAAAGGGCAUGGAGACACUACUGCUCAAGUCGAUGCAGCGCGCCAAGUAUUUUAUUGCAGGGAAAACGGCUCAACAUCUCUGGGCCCACUACUCACUCAACCAGCCGCUCUACACUCACUUCACCAGCCCGACCAGACGCUAUGCGGAUGUUCUAGUCCACCGCCAACUGGAAUCCGUCCUUUCCGAAGGCACGGUUGAGUACAACGAAGAUCUGGAGAACCUCGUCAAGACGGUCGAGGCUUGCAACACAAAGAAGGAUUCGGCUCAGAACGCUCAAGAACAGAGCGUCCACAUCGAGGCGUGCCGGGCUAUGGACAAGAAGCGUCAAGAAGUGAACGGCGACCUGAUCAGCGAGGGCAUUGUUCUGUGCGUGUACGAGUCGGCGUUCGAUGUCCUCAUCCCCGAAUGGGGCUUCGAGAAGCGGGUGCACUGUGACCAAUUGCCCUUGAAGAAGGCGGAAUUCCGCAAGGAGAAGAGAGUGCUAGAGCUCUACUGGGAGAAGGGCGUGCCCAGCUCGGCGUACGUCCCCGAAGACGAGCUUCCCAAGGCGGGCAUGUCCCAGCGGUACUCCAACGCUAUGGCGGCGGCGCGCCAGGCCGAGGAGGCAGACCGUGUAAAGAAGGAACGCGAGGAGGCCACCAGAAAGCAGACCGAGACGGGCACCAUCUCGACGGAUGACGUCGAUGCCCUUUUCGACGACGACGAGGAGAACGCGUCCGACAACGCGUCGGACAUUACGGAAGCGAUGGCCGGAGCGUCGCUGGCCGAGCGGCCGACGCAGAGCGUCCCUGGGUCGCCGACCCGGUCAUCGGCUGGUGCGGCCGGCAGCCUCCACCGUACCCGGUCGGAUUCCAAGGUGCCCACGGCCGACGCGCCGGAGACGCGCCUGACGAACAAGGAAAAGUACCUGAAGCUGUUCAAGCUGAGAGAGGAGGGCGGGGACUACAUCCAGGAUGUGACGGAGAUGACACGGGUGCCGGUCAUUCUGAAGACGGACCUCAGCAAGAGCCCGCCAUGCCUGACCAUCCGGUCUCUCAACCCCUAUGCACUCUAAGCUACC